UUUUUCCCAAAUUUCUAUUGUUUUUAACCCUUUCUAAUUCUUUCCUUUUGUCAUUGACCCGCCCUUUCCAUUUGAACUUGAUUUGUUUAUGCACAAGUUAUCAUGACAGCAAAUAAGCACUCGAUUAGAAACGUUGUAGGUGUACAUUAUAAGGUUCUAAGAAAAAUAGGUGAAGGAAGUUUCGGUAUCAUAUAUGAGGGCUGCAAUUUGUUGACAAAACAACCUGUGGCCAUCAAAUUUGAACCAAAAAAAACUAGCGCACCUCAACUAAAAGACGAAUAUCGAACAUACAAAAUGCUAGCAGGCAUUCCUGGCAUCCCAAAUACGUAUUACUUUGGACAAGAAGAUGCUUAUAACAUUCUUAUUAUUGAUUUGCUGGGUCCCAGCUUGGAGGAUUUAUUUGAUUUAUGCGGAAGAAAGUUCUCAGUCAAAACAGUAGCCAUGUUAGCAAUCCAAAUGGUCACAUUGGUCCAAUCUGUUCAUGAGAAUGACCUUGUUUAUAGAGAUAUCAAGCCUGAUAACUUUCUCAUUGGUACACAUAUAACAUCAGCAUUGGACAUAGACACAGGGGAAGUUGAAGAAGCUCAGAAAACCAGUUGUGAUAGAAAAGAUGAAGACGGUAAAAUCUACAUGGUUGACUUUGGAAUGGCCAAACUGUAUCGUGACAGGUUAACCAAAAAGCACAUUCCAUUUCGCGAAAGAAAAAGCUUAUCUGGUACAGCAAGAUACAUGAGCAUACACACACAUUUAGGCAGAGAACAAUCGAGAAGAGAUGAUCUGGAAUCCUUAGGACACGUUCUAUGUUAUUUUCUGCGAGGUCAGUUGCCUUGGCAGGGCUUAAAAGCCGCUACAAAUCGACAGAAAUACGACAAGAUUAAAGAAAAAAAACAAUCAACAAGUAUAUAUGACCUUUGCGAAGGCUAUCCGAGACAAUUUAUCAAGUACCUUCAAUAUUGUCGAAAGUUGAAUUUCGAUGAAACGCCCGAUUAUGAUUGGUUAAGGACUCAAUUUCUGGAUGUCCUUCGGGAUUUGGGUGAAGAAAACGAUUUGGUCUUCGAUUGGAUGCUAUUGAAGGAUAAAAGAAGGAAGAAGAUUAGUUGGCAAAAAGCACUAGAAGAAAGAAAACGACAGCAGCAGCAGCAGAAGAAGCCGUUGUUGUUGCCACCGCCGCCAGACACCGGCAAUAUUGUGCCUUUGGGAGGACCAACGACAACGGCUGCGACUAAACUUAAUGAAAACUUUCACUCACAGGAGCGACUUGUAAAAUCACAAGCAAAAGAACGUGAGCAAGCUGGGAUUGGGGCACAAAAUCUUUUCACGGACGAUCCCAACUCUCUGCAUUCGGCAAAACAUAGUGGAUGGACAAAGAUCAAGUCAAUCAUAAGUUGUGGUUUGUUCAACUGACCCUCAUCACAAAGAUUAUAGCAUGUUUACUGUUUUCAAUAUUUAUUCGUCUUUUUUGAUCUUCUUACCACUCGUAUAAUAACGUGCACCAGUCCUUCCGUUCUUUCUGGUACAUAUACUAUAUCCUAGUUCUACUCUUUACUCCCUUUAUAAUACACUUGAUUAUUGAAUAAACCA